AUGGCCAAGAAGGCUGUUACCGAGUGCCUGGUCUUCUCUCGCCCCGACAUUCAGAUACUAACACACCUGACGGAGCACUGCCAGCUCGUGUGCACCGGCCAGUUCUGCGCCAUCUCCGAGAAGGACGGCAUCAAGCCGCCGCUCGAGGCACGCGACCAUCUGACCGCGAGUUUCCAGUGUCAUAUCAGCAAGGGCCAGCCGCGCACUGACUACCGAGGGGUCCUGAAGCUGGCGAUCAUCGCGCUUCGACCCCGGAACGCCGAGCGGCUUCGGCCCGAGCGACCCCGGAACGCCGAGCGGCUUCGGCCCGAGCGACCCCGGAACGCCGAGCGGCUUCGGCACCAGAACAGCGGCCAGCAGCGAAGCCGGAGGAGGAGGCACCAGAACAGCUGCCAGCAGCGAAGCCGGACAGCGAGACUGCACCACGAAGCUGACGACGCGCGCCGCCAGCAACUGUCUUCCGGCAUGAGGGUGGUCGACCUGCGCAGUGACACGGUCACCAGACCGACCGAUGCUAUGAGGCGCGCCAUGGCGGAGGCCGAGGUUGGAGAUGACGUCAUGGGUGACGACCCAACCGUUCAAGCCCUUCAGAGGAAGGUGGCCGACAUGCUGGGUUUUGAGUCAGCGCUCUUUGUGCCCUCGGGCACAAUGGCCAAUCUGAUAUCCAUCAUGUGUCACUGCACGGCCAGAGACAGCGAGAUGAUCGUGGGAGACAAGACUCACAUCCAUCUGUACGAGCAGGGCGGCUGCGCUACCGUGGCAGGAGUACACGCGCGCGUGGCGCCGAACAGGCCAGACGGCACCAUUGACCUGGAUCUGCUGCGCGCCAUGGUGCGCUCUGAGAACGUCCACUACCCGGUCACGAAGCUCAUCUGCCUGGAGAACACGCACAACUGCUGCGGUGGCAAGGUGCUGCCGCUGGACUACCUGGAUCAGGCCGCGGAACUCUCCCGCGAACUGGGAGUACCUCUGCACAUGGACGGGGCCAGACUGCCCAAUGCUGCCGUGGCGCUCGGUGUGCCCAUGUCGCGAAUCCUCCGCGGAUUUGCAUCCAGCACGCUGUGUCUGAGCAAGGCGCUGUCGGCCCCAGCGGGCGCGCUGAUCGUCGGCUCAGCGCAGUUCAUCAAACAGGCGCGCCGCACCCGGAAGGUUCUGGGCGGCGACAUGCACCAGGUGGGUGUGCUGGCCGCUGCUGGCCUGGUGGGCGUGGAAGUCAUGUGUGACCGCCUGGCGGACGAUCAUCGGCGGGCCCGCACGCUGGCCCAAGCGAUCAACAGCUGUGGCCAGCCCGGCGCCUCCGUGGACCUGGAGAACCUGCACAGCAACAUCGUGUUGCUGGAGCUGGACCCGGCUGUUAUACUGCCCCGCCAGUUCUGCCAGAGGAUGCGAGAGGUGCCACCUGAGGAGCUCCAGGCGCUGGGGGAGCAGGUGGUGGUGCGCAUGUCCCCUCUGUCCGCCUCAAACGUGCGCAUGGUGCUGCACGCCGACGUGAGCGACGCAGACGUGACGAUCGUAGCGCAGAAGCUGGCGUUGGUCAUUCGAGGUCUGGGCGAUGGCCGCCAGACGCCGGAGAGCGUGACGCCGCCGCAGCAGACCGCCAGCGUCAUCGCAGAGUAG